AUGUUAUGGUCGGACGGUAGUUGUUGCGGUGGGUAUCGCCGACAGACGGAAGUUACAGUGGCAAGGAAACUUGGUGGCCACCACGUCGCUGCUCAGCCUCCUUCGCAACGGUCGUUGAUGAAGGUAAGCCCGUCUUCGGAUUACUUCCUUCUUCUUUACUCACCCAAUCAAGGAUCACAAAACAAUAUGGGAUUCGACAUGUUGAUGAGUAUGUUUCGUGGACUUGGAGCUAGUGGCAUAGGAGUCCCAAAUGUCCCUGAUGUGGCACCAGAGCAACUUUAUGCAACUCAACCGUCUCAACUUCAGGAGAUGGGGUUCUUUGAUGUGCAGGAGAAUAUUAGGGUUUUAUGUGCUACUUCAGGUAAUGUUCAUGUUGUUGUUGAGAGAGGGGUUCUUUGA